GGACAAGUUAAUGUGAUUCUCUAGUCGUGAGGCUAUCUAUUAUCCUUUUUUUCCUUCUCAAAUUAAUGUUUAAAUUUUAUGAGGCGGCAAAAUAUUUUUCUUCCUAUAAUAGAAAAUUCCAGGGUCCUAAUAUCUUUCCAUUAGAUUUUUGGAAUUUCCUUAACAGCCGCCUGCAAUAUAGCAACCAGACAUUGAUUUAUGUGUGUGUAUUUAAAGAUAGAUUGUGAUCUGCAUAUUUCCAUGCAUUGCUUUUACACAACUCAUUUAUUCGGUGCAUCAAUUACACAAAAAUGACCGAAUCAAAAGGCAAAAUCGAAUCUCUCCGCGAAUGGGUUGUAGAUCACAAGCUCCGAGCUGUUGGAUGCUUAUGGCUGGGCGGCAUCACCGGAUCGCUUGCGUACAACUGGUCGAAGCCAAAUAUGAAGACUAGCGUCAGGAUCAUUCACGCCAGGUUGCAUGCUCAGGCUUUAACUCUGGCGGCAUUGGCCGGAGCUGCGGUGGUUGAGUACUAUGAUCACCGGACAAAGAAGAAGGAGCGCGUUGCAGAUUUUCUCAAAAUUAAAGAAGAUUAGAAGUUUGCAACUGGUUGCCCCCAGCCUGUUUAUUAAGUAUAUAUAUAUACUCCCUAAAUCUUGAAAAUAUUUAAACUUGUUUAACACAUUAAACCCCUUGCCCCCUUUUGUAAUCAUAAUGUAGCCAUGUAGGUGUAUAUACUGCUCCUUCUGGCAGGCAGGGGCACUAAAUUUUGGUGAAUCUGAUCAAAGAUCUGGGCUGCUGCAAUGUAGUGUUGUCCUUUUACCACAAAAUUUGAUAAUACACUGAUAUAAUUAUAAAUUAAUAACGUCUUGGUCAU